AUGGACUACGUUACCCGAGGGGUCUGCGGUCAAGAGGGAUGCCGUGAGACGCGAUAUUAUCUUGACAAUGGUCUUUGGUAUUGUCGGCGCGGUCACUUGCAAGCGGGUGUCCAAGUUGCAGAGGAUGCCGACGAUUUUGGAAAUCUAGGCAAAACACAUCGCCUGAAAAAAGUAAUCAAGGAGAAGACCAGCAAAACACUUCGUGGGCGUCCAGCAUACACGCUUUUCUUGCAAAUUUAUCAAUUGAUCCUAUGGAAACAAUGUCAUGCAUUGGUUCAUAAACUAGGUUUCCCGGAAGAACUUGAGAUUGUUGUGCGCGAUCUCUGGGCUCUGCGACUCCAGGACUUCACCACGAAGGUCACUAAUAUCGCUGAAGACGAGGAUGACGAUACUGAACCUGAGCUGUUCAGCUCACAACCUACAGCAAACCAUGAAUCCCGGGAUAUGGGAUUCAAACCGAACUCAGCCUAUGUCGAAUGGCCCCGGCUGAUUGAUUCCAUUGCCUUAUGUUAUCUUGCUGCAUUUUUGAUGCGGGUCCCUGUCUGCGUCAAUGAUUUCUAUGACAUGGUUAUACAGCAGGAUAUCCCCUACGCCCGAGUCUUGGCCACUGUUCCUCGGGAAAUGAGGGAAAGACUUCCGCAAGAAUUAACGGGAAUCCUCGAAGUUAAUAAACUGCCCAAGCCCGAGCAUGUUCACCGUAGUGUUAAGGCAAUCCUGCUGUUCUAUCAGCGUCGAUUUGGAUUGGAACUUCCCUCUUUGAAUUGGCCUAUCAUUCUUUUCCGGCAUAUCAAAAGACUGGCUUUACCAAUUGAAAUAUAUGAUGCAACUAAGACUUUGCAAGAGCUUCUUGGUUUCACAUUCCAGUAUCCAGCAGACGACGACCGUCAGAAAAAGCAGUUUCUCCCCGACGUACAAUUAAUGGCGCUCGUCGUCAUUGCUACGAAAUUACUUUUCCCAUUUGAUGAUUUGAAAAGGUACCCAACCACAGCUAAAGAGCCUGCCACGCAGAUCAUGGACUGGACUCUCUGGGUACGCGCUCAGAGCCAUUUCGAUGGUGAUUCGCGUGUCACGGGAGAUAUUGGAAAAGCAGCAGCCAUUCGUGUCACAGACAAGGAUGUUUUGACCAUGACCUCCGCGCAGUUGGACAGUUACAUGGACUGGUACGAAAGCAGUUGGCUGGAUACCUCUAAAGCCCCCAGUCGCAUUGCCGAAAUGUUCCCCAUCAGUCGAACAGAACACAAUACUCAGUCAAUACCUAAUGUUGCUCCGGCUCCGGCUUCUGCUUCUGCUUCUGCACCAGCCCCUGUUCCCCCUGGUACGACACAGGAAAAGCUCGAUGUUUUAUUGAAAACGGUCAUGCAAGAUCUCAGAGCCAGAAGGGUAAUCCCCGAGGACGAAGAAGCCGAAGAAAAACGCCCUGGCGAGUGGUAUCGCCGGUAUCGCUGGGAAUCGCAUCUCUCUGGCCCCGCACGAGCUUUCUACGAGGCAGCAGCCAAGCUUGCUGCGGUCCCUUUGAAAACACUUGUCCGUGCUGUGACACAUGUCGAGUUUAAGAUUGCGAAGCAAGACGAAGAGCGACAAAACAGAGAGUUUUUCGCGAGCCAAGGUCGGGAGGGGAUGGGCAGUGACGAAAGUGAUGUUGACAACACUUAUGGAAUGGGCGAUUUUGAAGAGGACAUGGAUGAGCCGGCAUUUGAAGAUAUGAUCGAUGAUGAUUAA